UCAUCGAAUUGUGUGCGUGUUUUGCAGCACUACGGCUGUGGUUUUCGUUGCGUGCGGUUGUGUUUUGAUGGUUGGUGGUUUUAUCGUUGGUUGUCCAUAUUCCUAAUUACAAUAGAGAAAAUUAAUAAUAAGCAAGUUGUGCGGCCAGCAAACAAAGAGAGUCACUGGCAAGGAAACCAACUUAAAACCAAAACAGCCCCACAAAAAGCAAAUAUAAAUUGCGACACUAUUUGUGUGUUCAAGUUGUUGUUGGUGUGGGAGUAGAAGUGGAGUGGGAGCAAAGGUAGCCGGCGUUUAAAGUGUAUUUGUAUUAUUUACUUUGACUGGCCGAGCCUGUACUCACUUCGUCCUCAGCAAUAAUGCCGUUAACCGAAAAGAACACUCGUCUGUUGAAACAAGCGAAAUUGUUUAAUAAUUUCUACUUGACAGGUUUUCAUAAGGGCGACAUACGUCCAUUUCUGGUUGAGGGACAACAAGUUGGCCUCAUUAAAUUGGAUGUCUUCAAGCAGCUGCUCAAGUAUCCUGAAGUGUUCUGCAUACGUGACUGUGAGCACACCAAGCAGGGACUGGUUGAAUUGAAUCCGGCAUUCCGUGACUACAACGAACGUACCGCACGAUUGGAGAAAGUAUUACGUGAUCUGCGCAGCGAUGGUUCAUUCUCGGCCUUACAUGGCUGGCGGGAUGAAUACUUUGAGGUCAAGUCCGAGCACAAGGGUCUGCUGAAGAUGGAGCGUGCUGCGACGCCGCUGUUUGGGGUACGCAAAUAUGGCGUCGAUAUCAAUGGAUAUGUGAGGCAUCCGCAGCAUGGUCUAUGCAUCUGGCUGCAGCAGCGCUCCAAUACCAAAGAGACCUGGCCUGGCAAAUGGGAUAAUAUGGUGGGUGGUGGCCUAUCCGUCGGUUAUGGCAUCAUGGAGACGGCCAUUAAGGAGGCCGCCGAAGAGGCAUCCAUUCCAAGUGAUCUCGUCAAAAAUUUGGUCUCAGCCGGCUGUGUCUCGUUCUUUUUUGAGAGCGAACAAGGACUGUUCCCCAAUACCGAAUAUGUGUUUGAUUUGGAGCUACCAGUGGACUUUAAACCACAUAAUGCCGAUGGCGAGGUACAAGCCUUUGAGCUGCUGCCAGCGAACGAGUGUGUGGAGCGCGUGUUUACUCCUGAAUUCAAGACGACAUCGGCGCCGGUGGUUAUUGAUUUCUUGAUACGACAUGGCUACAUAACAGCCGAAAAUGAGCUAAACUUUACGCAGAUUGUGGAGCUAUUGCAUGUGCCGCUACAAUCGCUGUACACGUACAAAACUCGACUGGAGCAGAAGCUGCAGCAACAAUCCGCGACACUGCCCAAUGACGAUAGCAACUGCAAUUGUUCUAGCUUGCCAAAAAGACCGCUGGAAAAUGGACACAACAAGAAGGAGUCUGCUUAAUGUGAAUAUUCAAUAGAAUUGCAAAAAAAUAAAUAUGGACAACGAAUAGAUUUUGUAAAAUGACAAGGAAAUUAAGAAAAUGUGGACUAGUUUGAGAGACUGCUUUUGUAGUGGGAUUUGUGAAAUCCAAAAACAACAGCCAAUAAUAAUCAUACAUACAUACAUACAAGUAUAUAAUAUAAAAUCAUAAUGUGAGGAAACAGAAUGAAGAAAAAAGAAAACCAAUCUACCAACCAAACAAAACGAGACAAGUAUAAUCUACUAAAUUAAAUUAUAAAUAAUAAUAAUAAUAUAUCUUAAUGUUAAAUUUUAUGUUUACAUCGAUUUGUGCAAGUCAAAGUGUAUGUGCUGUUUAUAUAUUUGGUAUACACUUGCUUAUAUGAGCUACAUAUAUAUAUAUUUAUGAAAUUAUUUAGAAUAUUUAUUAUAUACGUACCACAUGCAUAAGCAUAAGCUAAAUAUACAUAUUAUAUAUAUAUAGAUACAUAUAUAACCUAUCAUGUAUUUGACGAAAAUGCCCGCAAGCUUACUUAAUAGUUUUGUGCUUUGAUAUUCCAAUCAUGUAAUAAUUCAAAACAAAAUGACGCCACAUUCUUAGAAUCUUUGUGAAGAAAUUAUAACUAUAGAACACAAACGGACAAGUUAAAUAAACAUAUAUGCCUAUAUAACACA